UGCUGCCAGCUCUGGUGGACAGGCUGGGUGACGCCAAAGAUCAGGUCAGGGAGAACAGCCAAGCUCUCAUCCUUCGCUGCAUGGAGCAAACUGCUUCACCCAUGUACGUCUGGGAAAGGCUUAUUCCUGGGUUUAAACACAAAAACUUCCGCAGUCGAGAAGGAAUUUGCCUCUGUCUGAGCACCACGCUCAGCACGUAUGGAGCCCAGCCUCUCAGCCUCAGUAAAUUAGUUCCUCAUCUCUGUACUCUGACUGGAGACCAGAAUCCACAGGUACGGGAGGCCUCUAUAACAACAUUAGUGGAUGUUUAUCGUCAUGUUGGAGAGCGAGUCCGAGCAGACCUGGGAAAGAGAGGACUUCCAGCUGCACGGUUGCAGACGAUAUUUGCCCGUUUUGAUGAAGCCUUGAAUUCAGGAAACAUGGCUCUCAGCCCUGGUCACGAUCGUAGUUUUGAUGAUGAUGACAGUGUGGACGGACGCUCUUCUGCAAGCUUCAAAGUUCCCAAAGUUCCCAAGAAGCCUGCAGAGUCGUCUGCUGCACGCAGGCCCAGCGCUACUGGAAGCAAACUUGUGUCAAAAGAAAGUGCUGGUGCAGUUGAUGAAGAGGAUUUCAUUAAAGCCUUUACAGAUGUCCCCACUGUCCAGAUAUACUCAUCGAGGGAUCUCGAGGACAACCUUAAUAAGAUCCGGGAAAUCUGCUCGGAUGACAAACACGACUGGGACCAGAGAUGCAACGCUCUGAAGAAAAUUCGCUCUUUACUGGUGGCGGACGCGGCCAGCUAUGAUUGUUUUUACCAGCAUCUACGACUGCUGGACGGAGCCUUCAAACUGUCUGCAAAGGACCUGCGCUCACAAGUGGUCCGAGAGGCCUGUAUCACUGUGGCUCACCUCUCGUCAGUACUGGGGAAUAAAUUCGACCACGGGGCAGAAGCCAUCGUUCCCGUCCUGUUCAACCUCAUCCCCAACUGUGCCAAAGUUAUGGCCACCUCCGGUGUCUCAGCCAUCCGCAUCAUUAUACGGCACACGCAUGUCCCCAGACUUAUUCCUCUGAUAACCAGUAACUGCACAUCCAAGUCAGUGGCUGUAAGAAGACGCUGUUAUGAUUUCUUGGACCUUCUGCUACAGGAAUGGCAUACACACUCUUUAGAAAGACACACGACAGUUUUGGUUGAAAGCAUUAAAAAGGGAAUCCGAGACGCCGACUCAGAGGCCAGAGUGGAGGCCCGCAAGGCCUACUGGGGUCUGAGGAACCACUUCCCAGCAGAAGCCGAUGCUCUUUACAACUCCUUGGAGCCGUCGUACCAGCGGACGCUGCAGUCCUGUCUGAAGAGCUCUGGCAGCGUGGCCUCUCUUCCUCAGAGCGACCGCUCCUCAUCUUCCUCUCAAGAGAGUCUAAACCGUCCUCUGUCUUCCAAAUGGUCGGCAGCUCCAGGGCGAGUCCCUGCCCCUGCAAAGGCUGGGAUGUCACCAGUCUCCCUGCAGCGUUCCCGCAGCGAUGUGGAUGUGAACGCAGCAGCCGUUGCUAAACACCGGCACGUCGGACAGGCCCGGGGAACAGGCCGUCUGCCCCCCGGUUCCUACUCCUCUCUGGAUGAUGCCUCUGAUAAAACGGAUGGGACCAGGUCAGACAAUGGCCGCGUUCGCACUAAGCAGCCCUUCACUACAGCCAGCAGCGUUUCCAGCCAAGUGGACUCACGAGGACGCAGCCGCACCAAGAUGGUCUCCCAGUCGCAGCGUUCCGACGAAUCCGAUUGCACUCCAGGAUCUCAGUCUGCUAACACUGUCGGUGCUGGCAGCCGGAGCGGCUCUCCGGGUCGUGUGCUGACGAGCACGGCCUUGAGCACCAUGAGCUCGGGGGCUCACAGAGUCCUCGCUGGACCCGCCGGGGACGGGCAGAGGCGCAGCCGCAUCCCCCGCAGCCAGGGCUGCUCCAGAGACUCUUCCCCCACUCGCCUGUCCGUCGCUCCUUCUAGCCUUAGCUCCAACUACAACAGUGCGAGCAGAGGAGCUCGAGGCAGUCGUAUCCCUCGGCCCAGUAUGAGUCAGGGCUGCAGCAGGGAGGCCAGCAGGGAGAGCAGCAGGGACACCAGCCCCGUACGCUCCUUCACACCUCUGGCGACUCGGAGCUACUCGCGCUCCACUGGAGCUCUCCACACACCUGAUGCUUUUGGGGCUGCAGGAUCGGGKUUUGGCAUCAGCCAGUCGAGUCGUCUCUCGUCUUCAGUCAGCGCCAUGCGGGUCUUGAACACAGGCUCUGAUGUAGAAGAGGCUCUUGCAGAUGCGUUGCURUUGGGAGACAUGAGAUCCAAGAAGAAGCCAGCACGGCGGCGCUAUGAGAACUACGGCAACAUGUAUUCAGACGACGACGCCAACAGCGACGCGUCCAGCGUCUGCUCGGAGAGGUCGUGCAGCUCCAGGAACGGAGGCGCCAUCUCCACCUACAUGAGGCAAACAGAAGAUGUAGCUGAGGUGCUCAACCGCUGCGCCAGCGCCAACUGGUCUGAGAGAAAAGAGGGUUUAUUAGGUCUACAGGCUCUGCUGAAGAACCAACGCACACUCAGUCGAGUAGAGUUAAAGAGGCUGUGUGAAAUCUUCUCCAGGAUGUUUGCAGACCCUCACAGUAAGCGAGACUCCGGCAGGGUGUACGGCACCGCAGAAUCCGGUAUAAGCUCAGCCUCCUUCAAGAGAGUGUUCAGCAUGUUCCUGGAGACUCUGGUGGACUUCAUCCAGGUCCACAGGGACGACCUUCAGGAUUGGCUGUUUGUCCUGCUCACUCAGCUGCUGAAGAAGAUGGGAGCGGACCUGCUGGGCUCGGUACAGGCCAAAGUUCAGAGAGCUCUGGAUGUCACAAGAGAGUCUUUUCCCAAUGACCUGCAGUUCACUAUUCUSAUGAGGUUCACCGUGGACCAGACUCAGACGCACAACCUCAAGGUGAAAGUGGCGAUUCUAAAGUACAUUGAGACGUUGACGCUGCAGAUGGACGCUCCGGACUUCGUGAACUCCAGUGAAACUCGACUGGCUGUUUCCCGCAUCAUUACCUGGACAACUGAACCUAAGAGCUCCGACGUCAGAAAGGCAGCCCAGUCGGUGCUGAUUUCCCUCUUCCAGCUCAACACUCCAGAGUUCACCAUGCUGCUGGCGGCUCUUCCCAAAACAUUUCAGGAUGGAGCCACAAAGCUGCUUCAAAACCAUCUGAAGAACACAGGAAACGCUGCACAGGCUCCAAUAGGCAGCCCGUUGACUCGCCACACCGCCCGCUCUCCAGCCAGCUGGACCAGUCCAGUCACGUCACCUACGAACACGUCCCAGAACACCCCUUCACCAAGCGCAUUUGACUACGACAUGGAAAACAUGAACUCUGAGGACAUCUACAGUUCGCUGAAAGGCGUCACCGAGGCCAUCCAGAACUUCAGCGUUCGCAGCCAAGAGGACAUGAACGAUCCGGUCCAGCGACGAGAAGGAGAGGAGGGUGGCAGUGGGAUGGAACUGGUGGACGGAGGCCGCAUGGCUCUCGACAACAAGACUUCCCUCCUCAACACCCCCCUGCUGUCCUCCAGCCCCCGACUGGCCCGCGAGCACUUGUCCGACUCACCCUUCAAACACAGCCGCAGCAAAGACGCCAGCCUGGACGACUCGGAGCAGCUCGGUGACGAGAGCAACCUCGACCAGUCGGAGCUCGUGGCCGAACUCCUCAAGGAGCUGUCGAAUCAUAACGAGCGCGUGGAGGAAAGGAAGGCAGCGCUGUGUGAGCUUCUGAAGCUGAUCCGGGAAAACACCCUGCAGGUGUGGGACGAACACUUCAAGACCAUCCUGCUGCUUCUGCUCGAGACGAUGGGCGACUCUGAGCAUGUGAUUCGAACUCUGGCUUUGCGCGUGCUGAGGGAGAUUCUUGGCAAGCAGCCUUGGAGGUUCAAGAACUAUGCAGAGCUUACAAUUAUGAAGACCUUGGAGGCUCACAAAGAUCCUCACAAAGAGGUGGUGCGAGCGGCAGAGGAGACGGCAGCCAUGUUGGCGUUGUCCAUCAGUCCAGAGCAGUGUAUCAAAGUGUUGUGUCCCAUUAUUCAGUCGGCUGAUUACCCCAUUAAUUUAGCUGCCAUCAAGAUGCAGACGAAGGUGGUGGAGAGGAUUCCCCGCGAGGGCCUGAUCAGCAUGCUGCCUGAAAUUGUGCCGGGACUCAUUCAGGGUUACGACAACUCUGAGAGCAGUGUGAGGAAGGCGUGUGUGUUCUGCCUGGUGGCCAUCUACGCAGUGAUAGGAGAGGACCUUAAACCUCACCUCAGCCAACUCUCCAGUAGCAAGCUGAAGCUGUUGAAUCUGUACAUCAAGCGGGCCCAGUCUGGCUCCAGCGGCAGUGACCCCUCAGCUGAAGGCCUAUAGAAGUCACACAGUUCUUCCCCCCGGGAACCACCACAGAACUGCAACAAAUCAAAAACACCCGCUCACGACAUCACACCCCAAACAUAGUCCAAGACUCACAGAAGAACUCCGCUGACGUUCACAGCAAACAUGGCGCACACACACACAGACACCACAGGCGCACGCAGCGCUCACGUUUCUCUGCYUCACUGCAGAACAGGAGUCACGGUGCCGAGUAGAGGAACGUUGUAGUUCUCCUCACCAUUAUGGAGCAUCCUCCCCACUUUGUUUUGUUUCAGACUGAACUGAACCCUUACAUCUGGAAUAAACCUUAACAGCUGCAAACACCCUCGUCCAGUCUCCUCCCACGUUCAUCACUAAUCACCACAGGAUGAAGUGUCCGUCCAACAGUAUUCACYCAUUGUCAAUAAGGACUGGUGCAUCUGCAUGAUUUUGAUUGAUUUUUUUUUUUCUGAAGUUUCAUCAAACACUGCRACAAACUGUGCCGUUUUCUGUUUCUUGAACAGUGAGUAACCGGGUCCAGUUWGAUGAGAAUGUACAUUUAUAUUGUGUCAUAUUUUGGCUUUAUUUUACACAAUUACUUAUUUUCUUUUUUUCCCGGUGCUUUUUAAUACCAAGACUUCACACAUUAAAACAUACCCUUUGUUUUUUUUUUUUAAAGAAAGGUGCUGAUAAACCUAAAAGGUACGACGGACCGACCGACCCCUGGACAGCUCUGGUCUCUGCGGGUCACACCUGCUCAAAGCAAACAGAACUAAAUCCAAAAUCUGGGAGCCCUUAUGUGCUUGGCUAUGCAUGAGACAUAAUGUAAAAAAAUGUUAACAUUUUAUUGGGGUCCCGAGGGUUAAAACAGUGUGACUGAGGUUUUAAUUUAAUAUAAACUAUGUCCACCCCUUUCAGAUAAAUCCACGAUUGUUCUCCUUUUCUUUCAGCUCAUGUCCGAUCGGCCCGUUUCUGGGCAACAUGAGGGGGUGCGUGCUUUGUGAACGAAGUAUGAUAUGACUUAUUAUCACGUAGUGGAUAUGUAUAUUAAAUUAAAAUAGAAUAUCCAAUACCAGUGUCGUUCAGGAGUGUCCCCCAAGGGGGGGAUGCACACACACACCUUCACCCAUCAUUUUUUACUUCCCCCUCUGUUGCCAUCCUCGCUCAUGGUUUCUUCUGUUUUCUCUUCUCCGCUGAAAGGUUUGUAGAAAUGUAUUAUUUACAGCUCUGAGAAAAAUGUCAUGUUCUCAUAUUUCUCUUUUCCUGUUCAUUGUCUUUUUUUCCUCCUUCCUCUUGUAACAUUCUAGUUUUCUCUGUGCAUUUACAAAGCUGUGCUUACAAUAAAAUGAACUUGUACAGAUCAA